GAUCUGAAAUGAGUCUUUCUCCGUUGGCGAGCAGCAUUAGCCAUGGCAAGAAGGAAGUUCGCCAAGGGCUGAGAAUCAACAGCAAGCUGGUGCAGGCUCUGAUCCUCCUGGUGGCCUGUGUCCUGUUCGGAGCCAACUUGAACUACGCCUCCUUUCCACCUGGCACUGUAAUCGACAUCAAGCUAGGAGAUGUCGCCCUCGACCAGUUCAGCUAUACACCAACCCGCGACGGAUACGAGUUCAACUACACCCUGCCCGAUGGAACUUUCCGGGAUGAGAUUGGCAAAGUGCUGAGCGGUUCUUCAGCAGCUCAGGAUCUUGAGAAUGCCAACAGUCUGGCCAAGAACCAUCGUCCCUCUCGCCAACAGGGUCUGAAGAUCCGCAAGUUGUCAGGAAAAUCCCUGGCUUCUCUGGCCGGCUAAAACAACUCAAAGAUUAUUUUUAUAACAAUCCAUCACGAAUUUAUUACAACAGUUUGCCAACUGUUUUAGGCUAGUUUAUAAGUUGAGAUGUUAAAUUUGCAAGCAAUAAAAACAUUCGAUCCAAAAUAACCG